AAAACAACCGAAAACAAGCGGAGAGGAGCCGGAGUGAGCCGGCUUGUGCCUUUACGAGGGGGUCGCGGUGGUUCCUUUUUAUUAUUUAUUUAUAUUUUUUUAUACAGCUCUUUUUCGUCCGGCGAUGAAUAAAAGGAGAUGAGGGGACUCGUGUCGCUUUACCGGGGCUUAGGCACCCUGAGUAACCGCCAAGCCGGACGAAAAACCGGGAUUUGGGGUUCUCGGUGCGGGUUUUGCGGAACUCAGCCACAGCCAAGCUUUGGGCUGUUGUUCGACAUUGAUGGCGUGCUGAUCCGGGGAAGGUUGCCAAUCCCUGCUGCAAAAAGGGCUUUUGACAAGCUGGUCGACUCUCAGGGACAAUUUGUGGUGCCAGUUGUUUUUGUCACAAAUGCGGGGAACUGCCUCCGACAAACAAAAGCAGAUCAGCUCUCUCACAUCCUGGGAGUUCCCAUUACACAAGAUCAAGUCAUCAUGUCACACAGUCCCUUAAGGAUGUUCAAGAAGUUCCACGAUAAGUGUGUGCUGGUGUCAGGACAAGGACCAGUCCUGGAAAUUGCUCAUAAUUUGGGCUUUCAGAAUGUUGUCAGUAUUGAUAUGCUGAGGGAGUCAUACCCACUGCUGGACAUGGUGGACCACAACAGAAGACCCACACUGCUGUCCAGUCCUGUUGCAAACUACCCUAAGGUUGAAGCUGUGGUUCUGUUUGGGGAGCCAGUUCGAUGGGAGACAAACCUGCAACUGAUAAUCGACGUCUUGUUGACCAACGGUAACCUCAGCAGUAUUCACCAAACCCAGAAGAAGCCUCACCUUCCCCUGCUCGCCUGCAACAUGGACCUCAUGUGGAUGGCCGAGGCACAUUCUCCACGGUUUGGCCACGGAACAUUUAUGGUCUGCUUAGAGAACAUCUAUAAGAAGAUAACAGGUGAAGAUCUAAAGUAUGAGGCUCUCAUGGGGAAGCCCAGUGAGCUCACCUACCAUUUUGCAGAAUACCUCAUCCGAAGCCAGACCAUGCAGCGCCAAUGGAAACUUCCCAUUACUUCUCUUUACGCCAUAGGGGACAACCUCAUGACCGAUAUCUACGGCGCCAAUCUAUACAACCGCUACCUGGAGGAAAGAGUUGCUAGAAAGAACCCCAAAGCUGUUGCUAAGAUGGUGGCGGCCACAGGAUCCACUGCUGCAGUGUCCCAGGACGAGGAGAUGGACAACCUGUGGGAGAGCGAGCUGGCUCUGCCCUCUGCGACCUCCUGUAAGUCUGUCCUCGUCUGCACUGGGGUCUACAACCCCAAAGCAGAGGUUCCCUCCGACGCUAACCACUGCAUCAAGGAGACCGUGUUUCACGGGCACCGCGACUUCCGAUUCGACCCGGCGCUGGUGGAACCAGGCCACAUCGUGCAGGACGUGGCCGAAGCUGUGGACCUCAUCUUUGAGCAGGAGAAGUUUGUGCCUCAGUAGAGUUUUAAAGUGACAUACAGUACAGUAUGUCAUCGCGCAGGCUCGAGCAGAGAAGGUGUGGAGCAUUGUUCCACUUCACGCAUAAGGCACGGGUCAUACUUUACGCAUUCCAAGUGUCCGCUCAGGUCCACGUGAUGUCAUUUCCAUGGUGGUCCACAUGAAACCUUCUCAGUCAUUGGUGAGUAGUCAUGGCCUUUAAGCACUGACUGUACACUGCUCCCUGUAGCACAACACUUUCCGGUCCAGUUGAUCGAAUGCUCUUGUUUUGAUCUACACAUGUACAAACAAGGACAAACAAAUGCUAGCGUGACACAGAACUGUGGGCAUGCAUGAGCAUGUGGAAAUGCGAUGCUACACAGACACAGUGUGAAAAAUGUUUUAUCACCUGACAGGGAAUUUACAGAAUAAAGGUCAUCAUCUAAACAUUCAACACUGAAAAAAACUUAGGAGAAAUGAAUUGGGAAUCUGUUACUAACCCUACUGCUACCUUUUU